AUGUCUAUUUGUGCUGCAUGUAAUAGUCCUGACCAUCUAGUGGACAGUUUUCCAGAAAUACUUGCAUUUCAGGAAUCUAAACUUGAACAGGACAAUGCGUUGUAUCAUAAGCAAGAGAAUAAUACCUAUUCUCAGACUUACAACCCAGGGUGGAGAAACUACCCUAACUUUUCAUGGUCCAAGGGACCUGUACAAGGGGGUACACCAGGAAAUAUACAAGGAUAUUCAUACCCUAGAAACCCCCAGAUGCAGUCGUACACACAACACCCUUCUGAAAAAAAAUUGUCUAGCAUUGAAGAAAGUGUCGGUCUGUUAACCCAAAAUCUUUUGCAAAAUCAGAAUACCACUGACCAACGUUUUACUAGUCUAGAACUUAAGAUGGGUCAGAUCUGUGAUGCGCUUAAUGAAAGGGAAAAGGGUAAGUUCCCAAGUCAACCUCAACAAAACCCGAAAGGCACAUUUAAGGCAAGUACAUCUACUUGUAAUGAGACUGCACAUGCUGUCACCACUCUUCGUAGUGGUAAAGUUGUUGAUAACAACGUAGGCAUACCACAUACCAGUGAGUCUGAGUCAGACCCAUCAUUGCAGCAAAAUAAAAGCACUCAUUACAAUGAGAUGUUAGAGAUGUUCAAACGAGUUAACAUCAACAUCCCGUUUCUCGAGGCAAUUAAGCAAAUCCCUGCAUAUGCUAAAUUUCUUAAGGAUUUGUGUACACAAAAGCGCAAGCUUAAUGUGCACAAACGUGCUUUUCUAGAUAAGCAGUUAGGUCUUAGAGAGUUAAAACCAACACCUAUAACUCUGCAAUUGGCAGACAGAUCCGUCAAAGUGCCUCGUGGUGUGGUUGAGGACGUUUUAAUCAAGGUUGAUAAUCAACAUCCUAUGAAUCUUGAUAAUAAUGAUGUGUAUGAAAUUAAUAUGAUUGAAAGCUUGGUUCAAGAUUCACUGUCUAACACUUUAUCAGUUGAUCCUUUGCAAGCAUGUAUGGAAAAUUUUAAUUUGGAUCUGUAUGAUGCUGAGUACAUUUGUGAAGUCCACUCUUUGCUCGAAUCUGUGCCUCAUACGGACAUCACUAAAUGGCAGACUAAAGUGGAACCACUCCCACCUUCUGAUUCCAAGUCUGUUCCAUCUCUUGUUGAGCCACCAAAGCUUGAACUGAAACCAUUGCCUGAUACUCUUAAAUAUGCAUUUUUGGGAUCUUCCAAUACUUUGCCUAUAAUCAUUUCAUCUGCGUUAGAUAUAAACACAUGA